AUGGUGUGCAUUCCCUGCAUUGUUAUCCCUGUUCUGUUGUGGGUUUACAAGAGGUUCCUUGAGCCCAUCCUCUAUCCUUUCAUCUCGCCCAUCAUCAAUACAUUCUGGACUAAGAAAGCAGUGCAAGAGUCUGGCUCAAAAGAGAAGUGCAACGGGACAUCCAAGGAGCCUGAGCACAAUGGCGAGGUUACUGCCAAUGGAUCCACUGUGGCGAGCGAUAAGAAGACGGAUUGAUCCUUCUAAUUAGUGGUCACCACAUAAAACUUAAUUGUAAAUAUUUUUAGAUGUUGCAUUCAUAAUUUUUCAGAUGACAGUUUAUUAUUCAGUUUUGUCAACAUAUUGUUAAAUAUUUCAGCAAUUAACAUUUUUUAUCCACUUCAAAUGUGAUGUUAAAUUUAUUAAGGAAAUAAAUCAUGUAUAUUAAAA